AAGCAAAUGGAGAUAGAAGAGCGUAUCGAGGAGGAGCUGUCGGAGACUGUUGAGGGGUGGUCGUGUAUGACUGACGAGGAGAGGAAGAACUUGCGGAGAGCGCGAAUUGAUGCUGAGUUGCGUUAUGAAUAUCGAUCAUGGAACCUUCCCUUCUUCAAUAUUCAAAUCUCCCAGUGCACCACCACGACCUGGAGCACUCUCACACUUUCGAGAUCCGAAAAUCAUCAAGCAGCGGAUGCUCGGCUCUUGCACUAUCAGUUUAUUGCUGGUCCUGGUGACUGCAUAUCCGUUCCUGGUCCGUUGCUGUCACCGUUUGAUGGUUAGUAUGGUAUUUCCAGACGUCAGCACUGGAUUUCUUCAAAUUCCUCUGACUUCAUAGAGGCACUGGGUCGCAG